CAGUGCUGGAUGGUUCCAGCAUCUCGUCCCUCUAUCUUUCGUCAACACCAGUCAUGACUAUUGCCAAAUGCACAGUAUUCUGCUCAGGUUGGGUUUCCAUGCCUGCAGUGAAAGCAAAGCCAUCCCACGCAUCUCAACGCAACCUAUGCGUGUUUCAGGUAGUACCGGCCGCAGAAGGCUCGUGGAAAAGCUAAGCCAUGCCAAUGGGCUGGCAACAAAUCAGAGCGGUGGUGUUCGACAUCGACGCAACCGCACCUCACGACUCGUAUCUUCCAUAUUACCCGAUGGCCACCUGUUCCGCGCAAGCUUUCUCUGUCUCUCUUACACAUCAAUUCUCUGCACGGCUUAUCUUCUCUUGUUCUUGUCACACCAGGGCUUGAAUAGGAGAAGACAUGGACAGCCGGAUUCUUAGCAUGCCAAAUGGCCCUUAAAUGUAUGAAGUAGGUCAAUUAUUCUUCGGAUUUAAGAGUAACUGACGGAGUUUACGGCGGAAGGGGAGAACCACCGGGUAUAUUACAGGCCAGUGGAUCCGGCCUCAAAUGUCUCCCCCUCCUCUCUUCUGGUGUUAGAUUGCAUUGCACGGUGUAGGCUGGUAUAUUUGUGGAGGAACCUUAAUAUAUGGAAACUGUGACGUAGUAUAAAGAGCUGAGCCAGCUAUAGGGGGCCACUUGAACUCGCUAGGAUCAAGAUGAGAGAAAGGAGUAGAGUAGUAGUAGUGAGGGGGAACACAGACGGGGGGGCUGGUUCAUCGGAUGUCUCUUUUGGGAAGAUGUGUGGGAUGAGUUAAAAAAUCUUGAAAACCACUGUAAAAUACUGGUGGGUGUUUCUUGGGUAAAGAAACCCAGGACUGAGGUUUACCAGCGUGGAGUGAGAUCGAGAAGACGGCCGGCUGUUUCUUUGCAAUCACCACCAGUUUUGCGGGGGAAGAGAACCAGAACAUCUAGACUCGGAUAACUCUGGGAAUCUGCUCCCGUCCAAAUGAUGGCUCAAAGUCUCUCUCUUCCCCCGGUCUGUGACAGUAGCACCCGUCAAAGCCAUCUUUCCCCUCCUCGAAG